UUACUUCCCCCUUCCCCCUCUGCCUUUUUUCUUCUUCUCAUUUCUCAUCUUCUAACUGGUGUUCACCUUCCAAAUGUGACUACUACUUCAUCUCUUAUGGACAAGAUCUAUUAAAAAAUACUUCUUUUCUUUUCAAGAUUUUCAUCAUUAGUAGUAGAGCUCACUGGGUUUUCUUCCCCCCCUUCAUCUCCUGCGUGUGUCCUUCGGACAAAACAAGCUAUUUCUAGACAAUGUCUGAAGAUAGGCAAGAGGCUACCAAAUCUAGACCAAUGUUAACUGGACCUGAAGAUGAUUUAAUUGUUUUUGAUGAACUUCCUAACAUGUUUGCUGAUAAUCCUCCCCAGGUUGGGGGAGAUCCAUGGUUUUUUCACUCUUCAGAAGAUUUAGUGGGGGUUGAACAUUUCUUGUCGGAACCUAAGUGCAACAGUUUAAGCGUUGAUGAUGUUCUGAGUUUUCAUUCCAUUGUUAAUCAGAAGUGCUACAGUGUCCCAGGAAUUUCAGUUGUUGAUUAUGGUUCUGUGAAAAUUGAAGAUGAUGUGCCAGAUCUAAAUAAACAACAGCGCAGUGAUGAACUGGCUAAUGGAGUCUCAAGAGAAACCGAUACAAUGGCUUGUUACGAGAGACGGAUUGCCCGUGAUACAUGUGAAGAUUAUCUACUUGAUAAUGAGUUUGGUGAUGAAGUCCCCAAAGCAAGUCUUGUUAGAGGAUCCGAACUGCAAAACAUAACUAAAAGCUAUGGUUGUCCGACAUCAGCACUGUCCAUGGAAAAUGACCCUUUGCUCCACCAGGCUGCAAGUGAUGAGAGAUAUUCAUUGUUUGAUGAAAUGUCUAUUGAAGAGUUACAUUUGGCAUUCACCAGCAUAUUUGGGCGUGAAACCACAGUCACAGACAAGCAAUGGCUGAAGCGCCGCCUCUCCUUUGGUGUCCCCAACAGCGAUUUGAGACACAUAAAAUGUCCUUCAAAUUCUGGUGAAUGCAAGACCACAAAAACCUUGCCCAUAUUCGGUGCCUUUUUUGGGGGUGAAUCAGAAAAUCCCUUAAACAGUUUUAUCAAAACAAAGCCUAGAAUUAGAAAUUCAACAUGGGAAACAUGCGGUGGGUAUGACUCAACAGUAAUAAACGUCUCUUCUGAAGCUGGUGGUGGUAGGAUUGAAUCGAUUGAUACAGUUUUUUCUGAACAAGAAGUUAAAGUAAUCUGCUCGCCUAUUUCAGAAAAGAGAUUGCGGAAGCCUCCCAAGAGGUUUAUUGAGGAAUCGUUGGAGAAGAACACCACUCAUAAAAAGAGGAGAUGUGCCAUUUGGGAUACCAAUUCGAAUGUAGAAACGGUACGUCAGAAGCGCAGUCAAAAAAGAUUUGGCGGAAGAUCAUUGUUAUUGCCGGUAAAGGAGAAUCCUUUAGUAAGAAAUUGUAUUCAGGUUCCUUUUGGCGAACCAGUUGUUGAGCAUGAAAAGAAAAGAAACUCUUUUAAGGUUUCUUGUAGUGAACAACCAGCUGUUCCCAAGCAAGAAAAGAAAAGGGCUUCUUCUUCUUCUAUUCAGCUUCCUUUUGUUGAACAACCAGUUCCUGGGCAGGAAAUAGUGAAGGGACAUUAUUCUUAUUAUACCGAGUCCAUUUCAAGCGAAUCGCGGGAUGAAGAUAACAACAAGGAGCAGAGAGCAGGUAAGGGCAGAAGAAACCACCAUAUAUAUUGGUCACAGUCAGAGGUGUUGAAGUUGGUGGAAGGUGUUUCUCGAUGUGGCGUGGGAAGAUGGAGUGAGAUUAAAAAACAACUCUUCCAAUCAUCGGCAAACCGCACAUCAGUUGACUUAAAGGACAAAUGGAGAAAUCUCCUUCGGGCCAGCUGCCCAACAUUGCAGAGAAAGCGAGAGGUUCAGUGGAGAAGAAAGCAGCAACAGCAAGGUGCCCAAGCCAUACCAAAGUGGGUUCAAGAACGUGUUAGAGAGUUAGCUGCUAUGUACCCAUAUCCAAGGAAGAGCAAAGGCUUGCAGCAACAGCAACUGCUGUUAUAAUUAUUAUUUAUUUUUUAUUUUUUUGAAUUAAGAAGAAUCCCAUUCAAAACGCUUCAAGUAGACUUUUUCCACUGUGGGCACUCGUCCUGUUAUAAUUAUUAGCACUUUUAAAAUUAUUGUACCGGAUAACACACUUUUGGUUGGGGUAUAAUUAGGGAGGUAAACGAGUGAAGC